AUGGGGGCGGCGACCGCCCCAGCCUCCGCCCUCCGAGGCCAGGAACGGCCGGGGUCGCGGGGGCGGGGCGUCUCGGGGACGGGGCGGGGCGGGCGUCUCGGGGGCGGGGCGUCUCGUCUCGGGGGCGGGGCGUCUCGGGGACGAGGCGGGGCGGGCGUCUCGGGGGCGGGGCGUCUCGUCUCGGGGGCGGGGCGGGCGUCGCGAGGGUGGGGCGUCUCGUCUCGGGGGCGGGGCGGGCGUCUUGGGGGAGGGGCGUCUCAUCUCGGGGGCGGGGCGUCGCGCGCGGCGCAGCGGCCGCCUGGCGGUGGGUACCGGGCCUGUUGGGUGUUGCUGCUCCGCCCACCAGGCCCGGUCCCGGCGCUGCCGCCCGCCUCUCGGUCCCUGGACUGGCCCGGCCAGGCCGGGAGCGACACCGAGGCCCUGGCGCAGCCGCCGCCGCCGCCGCCGCCGCCGCCGCCGCCGCCGCCGCCGCCGCCGCCGCCGCGUGCGCACACGUCGCCGGGGCCAGUGAAGGCGGGCGGAGGCCCCAACCGCCGCCUGGGCAGCGUCCGGGGCGCGCCGAUGUCUUCGCCGCCAGGCCGCCGGGCCCGCCUGUGGUCCCCCGGGGCCGGCCGCUCGUCCGCGGCUCGCGAGGCGCUGCGGCGCCGCCUCCUGGGCCUUAUCGAGGGCAACCGAGUGAUGAUCUUCAGCAAGAGCUACUGCCCGCACAGCACGCGGGUUAAGGAACUGUUUUCUUCUCUGGGAGUUGCAUGUAAUAUCUUGGAACUGGAUCAAAUUGAUGAUGGAGCCAAUGUCCAGGAAGUACUGUCAGAAAUCACUAAUCAGAGAACUGUACCCAAUAUUUUUGUGAAUAAAGUGCAUAUGGGUGGAUGUGACCGAACUUUCCAGGCCCAUCAGAGUGGCUUAUUACAGAAGCUCCUUCAGGAAGAUUCAGCAUACGAUUAUGACCUCAUUGUCAUUGGGGGCGGUUCUGGUGGCCUUGCAUGUGCUCAGGAAGCUGCCAUCUUGGGAAAGAAGGUUAUGGUGCUAGAUUUUGUAGUCCCAUCGCCUCAAGGCACAUCCUGGGGUCUUGGCGGUACUUGUGUAAAUGUGGGUUGUAUUCCUAAGAAGUUGAUGCAUCAAGCUGCCCUUUUGGGGCAGGCACUGAGGGAUGCCAGGAAAUUUGGCUGGGAGUACAGUCAACAAGUAAAGCACACCUGGGAGACUAUGACAGAAGCGAUUCAAAACCACAUCGGCUCUCUAAACUGGGGCUACAGGCUGUCCCUGAGGGAGAAGGCCGUGGCCUAUGUCAAUUCCUAUGGAGAAUUUGUCGAACAUCAUAAAAUAAAGGCAACCAAUAGAAAAGGACAGGAAACUUGCUAUACUGCUGCAAAAUUUGUCCUAGCGACAGGCCAAAGGCCACGGUAUUUAGAAAUCCAAGGAGAUAAAGAGUACUGUAUUACUAGUGAUGACCUUUUUUCUCUGCCUUAUUGCCCUGGCAAAACGUUAGUGGUGGGUGCAUCUUACGUUGCUCUGGAAUGUGCAGGAUUUCUCGCUGGCAUUGGCUUAGAUGUCACGAUUAUGGUGCGUUCGAUCCUUCUUCGUGGGUUUGAUCAAGAGAUGGCAGAGAAAGUGGGUUCCUACAUGGAACAACAUGGUGUUAAGUUCUUAAGAAAAUUUGUACCCGUCUUGGUUCAGCAGUUGGAGAAAGGUUCACCUGGAAAGCUGAAAGUAGUGGCUAAAUCCACUGAAGGACCAGAAACUAUUGAAGAAAUAUAUAAUACAGUUUUGUUGGCAAUUGGUCGUGACUCCUGUACAAGGAAAAUAGGUUUGGAGAAGAUUGGUGUCAAAAUCAAUGAGAAGAAUGGCAAAAUACCAGUAAAUGAUGUGGAACAGACCAAUGUGCCCUAUGUUUAUGCUGUUGGGGAUAUUCUGGAGGGUAAACUUGAGCUCACACCUGUUGCCAUACAGGCAGGCAAGCUGCUGGCUCGAAGACUUUUUGCGGGCUGUUUAGAAAAGUGUGAUUAUGUAAAUGUUCCAACUACAGUGUUUACUCCUUUGGAAUAUGGCUGCUGUGGAUUAUCUGAAGAGAAAGCUAUUGAAAUGUAUAAAAAGGAGAAUCUCGAAGUGUAUCAUACUUUGUUCUGGCCUCUUGAAUGGACAGUGGCCGGCAGAGACAACAAUACUUGUUACGCAAAGAUAAUUUGCAAUAAAUUGGACAACUAUCGGGUGAUAGGAUUCCAUGUCCUCGGACCCAAUGCCGGUGAGGUUACCCAAGGGUUUGCUGCCGCAAUGAAAUGUGGGCUCACAAAGCAGCUACUUGAUGAUACCAUUGGAAUUCAUCCCACCUGUGGUGAGGUGUUUACGACUCUGGAGAUCACAAAGUCAUCGGGACUAGACAUCACUCAGAAGGGCUGCUGAGGCUAGCACUACUGCUGUCUGGGUUUCCUUGUCAUUUCCUGCUCUCAGGGACAAGAGGGCCCCCGGGUAAAGUGAGUCGGUGCUCCUGCACCUGCUCUCCUGCAUGGGGACCAGUGCUGGACUUUUGUCCCAGCACAGAGAUGAGGAAGACGAGGAGGCAGGACAGCAGUGGGCAUGUGCCCCGCGGGCUCGGCUGGCUGGAGAGGCAGGCAGGCUGCCUCCUUGACGCCUUAGCUCGGAACCGCUGUGAGGUGAGCUGAGGCCGAUGUCCUCCAGGCCAGGCCAGCUGCCCCUGAAGGACCUUGCGGGCGCGCGGUCAGCCAAGUUAACUAUUCUGGUUGCUAGUGUUUUUAUCCUCUUCCUUCAUUAUUUCUCCAAAAGUGGCUGCUCAGUGAUGAAAACUGGCCACCCAGUGGGGCCCUCCGGAGUGGGGGCCCGGGCUUGGUGUGUCCCCAAAGUGUGUCCCGGCAGUGCCCUUGGGAGCUGGCCGCGAAGCCUGGCGCACAGGUGGGAAAAGCGGCCCGCGGGGCCCAGCUAGUCAGCCGGCCCGCCUCGCGCCCCUCCCUGCCCUGAUUCGCAGUGGCAACAGCCCCAGGCCUCUCUCUCUUUUAGUACCUCCUGUCAGAUACAUGCUUGAAUUCCUUCUCCACCUUGAUCUUCAGAGCAAUAUUAAAAAGUUUUCAAUACUGAA